AUGGCGCAGGAUGAUACUACCAGUCAUUUCCAGCAGCUGCACAUCUUCUUCUUCCCGUUCAUGGCGCGCGGCCACAUGAUCCCAUUCCUCCACAUGGCCAAACUCUUCGCCACCAAGGGCAUCAAAUCCACCAUCGUCACCACCGACCUCAACCACCCAUUCUUCGCCCCAGCCGCCGCCGCAACCCCAAACCUCGAAACCACCACCAUCGCCUUCCCGGCGGCAGAAAAUUCCGGCCUCCCUCCCAACUGCGAGAACAUGGAUUCCAUCACUUCCCGCCCGGACGCCGCCGAACUAGCCCCGAAAUUCUUCCUCGCCACCGCCUCGCUCCGCGGGCCCCUCGAAAGCCUCCUCGAAUCCUCCAAACCGGACUGCCUCGUCGCCGACAUGUUCUUCCCCUGGUCCACCGCCGCCGCUGCCAGAUUCGGAAUCCCCAGGCUGGUCUUCCACGGCACCGGCUUCUUCUCCCUCUCCGCCGCCGAGACGGUCCGGAUCCACGAGCCGCACAUAAGGGUAUCCUCGGAUUCGGCACCUUUCCUCAUCCCCAAUCUCCCCGGUCGAAUUUCAAUGACCAGGAAGCAGCUGCCGGAGUACGCGAGGCAGAGUGGGGAUUCUGGGUUCGGGAAUUUGAUGAAAUCGGUCAGGGAGUCGGAAUUGAAAAGCUACGGCGUGAUCGUCAACAGCUUCUACGAGCUGGAGACGGAUUACGCCGAUUACUACAGAUCUGCUCUCGGGAGAAAGGCUUGGCACAUCGGUCCCCUGUCUCUCUGCAACAAGGACAAUGGUAAGGAAUCGGAAAGGGGGAAACGAGAUUCAAAUUGCCUGAAGUGGCUCGACGGGAAACGAACCAGCUCGGUGAUCUACGUUUGCUUCGGGAGCAUGUCGAUGCUCGCGGCAGAUCAAUUGAGGGAGAUCGCGAUCGGAUUGGAAGCUUCAGGGGAGCAAUUCGUAUGGGCGUUCUACAACGAGAAGCUGGUGACGGAGGUGUUAAGGAUCGGGGUGGCGGUGGGGGCGACGGACUGGGUGCGGCUGCGUGGCGGCAGGAUGAGAGGGGAGGAUUUGGAGAGGGCGGUGAGGAAGGUUAUGGACGGCGGCGACGGGGAGGCAGGGGAGAUGAGGGAGAGGGCGAGGAAGGUCGGUGAGAUGGCGAGGAGAGCUGUGGGAGAAGGAGGGUCUUCUUGGAAAGAUUUGAAUGGUUUGAUUGAUGAGCUGAGGCGGCUUCGUAGCCAUUGUGGAAAUGUAUGA